CGACAACGGACGGCUGAACUUCCGCCCCAGCACUUUGGAAUCUAUCGUCCCAUAACCGCAAGAAUGGCAGCUACUCAUGGAGGUGCUAUUUCCAAGCGGAGGAAGUUCGUAGCUGACGGUGUCUUCUACGCCGAGCUGAACGAGUUCUUCCAGCGCGAGCUGGCCGAGGAAGGCUACUCGGGCGUGGAAGUGCGAGUCACGCCCACCGUGACCGACAUCAUCAUCCGGGCCACCCACACACAAGAAGUGCUCGGCGAGCAGGGCCGCCGCAUCCGCGAGCUCACGUCGCUGAUCCAGAAGCGCUUCAAGUUCCCCGAAAACUCCGUCUCGCUGUACGCUGCCAAGGUCCAGAACCGCGGUCUCUCGGCCGUCGCCCAGUGCGAAUCCCUCCGAUACAAGUUGCUCAACGGUCUGGCUGUGCGACGGGCUUGCUAUGGUGUGCUGCGGUUCAUCAUGGAGAGUGGCGCUAAGGGCUGCGAGGUUGUGGUCAGCGGCAAGCUGAGGGCUGCGCGUGCUAAGAGCAUGAAGUUCACUGACGGCUUCAUGAUCCAUUCUGGUCAACCAGCCAAGGACUUUAUCGACGAGGCAACUCGCCACGUCCUCCUCCGCCAGGGUGUGUUGGGUAUCAAAGUCAAGAUCAUGCGUGGAUCGGAUCCCGAGGGCAAGGCCGGCCCCACCAAGACGCUGCCAGACUCCGUCACUAUUAUUGAGCCGAAGGAGGAGCAGACUGUUGUGCAGCCCAUGUCCCAGGACUACGGCGCAAAGGCCGUGGCUGCCCAGCAGGCCGCAGAGGCCCAGAGACAGGCGGAACAGGCGGAGAGCGGCGAGGCGCCAGCGGAGGGAUUCACAGCUGAAGAGUAGGGGAUGCUGUUGACGGAGGCUAGAUGAUGACUGAUGGCGGGUGAAUCUUCUUUUGCAUUCGGACGGGACAACUCAUGGGCUGUCAAGGAGUCAUAGUGCUGUCUGUACCUACUGGCCACAAAUCCUAAUCUGGCUACACUUCACUUCUCCCGCGAGCACAGGCAGAAUAGCAACAUGCAAGGACGAAUCAAAAAGGUCAAAAACGUGUGACAUGCUGGUUAUCCAGAUUCUUCAGGUCUUCUUUCACCAAUGUUUUCUACGAUCAUUUCCAUGCCGAGACUAGGUAAAAAAGACUUUCGUGUAAAUACCUUGCGAGGUAUUUCAAGGAGAAGAAGAAGCCAGCCUUCCAAGAUGAGAACUCCCAUGAGUAGGUACCAUGUUCCAAAGGCUCGAGCCCUGGAAGAUUAUUGAUUCUACGGGGUCUGGCCAGGAACAGAGUGCAAUUAGAAAUGAGGCGUCGUGCUCGAUAGAAACUGAUG